GGCGUCAAGGAGCUUUGCCCUGGCACUUAGCAGCUUGCAUGGCCACCACAUCGUCGGAUAACAAUUUCCACGUGUCGAAGCGCACGUGGUAUAUCACCUUCCUCUCGCCAUUUCGGGAGCUCAACGAAUUGAGAUUAGUUAGCUGUCGGAAUGGUUGGUGAAGAUGUUCGCCGGAACCCUAGUCGGGUAUUUAAUGGAAGAUAUGCGCUGAGUUCGUGUUCUUCUUCUUCUUCUUCUUCUUCUUCUUACUUGUCGUUUUCUCCGCCUACCGAUAACGGUGGUGAGUGCGGGUUGGAUGGGAUGGAGCUGGCGGCAGCGAGGGCGCUGGCUUGUAUAUCGAAGGAGGCGCUGCGGAAAGGCGGGGGGAAGAGGUUGAAACGAUUCAAGAAUCGAUCUCCGGUUCGGGAUUGGGAUGUGGCUUCGGUUCCUGAGGAUCAUUUUCAGGAUAAUAAUGCUAACAGAGACUCAGAGGACGAUAAAAUAAAGGUCGAACAAAUCACGGAAAUACUACCACCCAGCAGUAAUUGCUCUACAAACUCCCACUCAAGUUCAGGACCCAAGAGAAGGCCAAAUCUAACUGAGGCUGAAAGGGAAGCAAGGAGAAUGCGAAGAGUGCUCGCUAACAGAGAGUCUGCUCGACAAACAAUUCGACGAAGACAGGCUCUUAGGGAUGGUUUGAUAAAGAAAGUCUCUGAUCUCUCACUUGCCAACCAGAACAUGAAAUUAGAAAAGAGGCAAAUUACAAAAGAGUACCUCUCGCUGAGAAACAAAAACAAGCAAUUAAAAACUGAGCUGGCUAUGACAAUCGCUUGCAACAUCAUGGGUGCAGAACCCCCUUCUCCACCACCUCAAACAUCAUCUUCACCAACAGAAACUUCAUUUCUGUCAAACCUCAAUCCAACAUUCUUGCUUAGCAUCUGUCCUCCAUGGCCUUAUGAUAAACCCACCGAGCCUCAGGUGCCGUCCUCUCGGUUUUCUUCUUUACUCGAUCAAACAUCUGUUCCCCAUCAUCUUAUAUCUCGCAAAUCAAAAGACGAGGAAAUCAACAUUCUUGCUCCGUGUUCUAAACCAACAUUAGCUCCUUCGAAAGAUGAGGCAAUGAAGGUUGAGAAAUCUUGCAAGUUAGAUAUAGAUCUAAACUAUUCGAGCGCAAUACCCGAGCCUUCUGAUGAUACUUCGAAUCAUUGUUCGAGUGAUGAAUUUGUUGUGGAACAAACAGCAAAAUUCUUGGAAGCGAAGGCAGCGGCUUCGGCGAGGAGGAGGAGGAAAGAGAUUUUAAAGCUGAAACAUCUGUGUGGAAGACCAAUGGAUUUAGAUAUCUAACUUGUAAAAGGUUUGCUGUCCAUUAUUAAUGGCUACUAGUGUUGUACAUAUUACCAAGCAGCUAAUAUUCCAGUACAUAUUUUGCUUAUUGUAAUUCAACACUUAUAUAUACCACAGAAUGCUCUGAAAAUAUUGUAAUUACACUAGCAUAGAUUUUUGUUUUU